AUGACCAGACAUGUGUUCGGAAACAACCCGUCGCCUGCUGUGGCAACCUGUGGACUAAGAAAAUGUGUAAUUGAUGCAGAAGAUGUGAAGGGCUUUGUUUACCGAAAUUUUUAUGUGGAUGACGGUUUAAUGUCGUUUGACGGCAGUGACGAAGCUGUGAACUUAUUGUCCCGCACUCAGACAAUGCUCAAGAAAGAGGGAAAUAUUCGUUUACACAAAAUUACUUCAAACAGUCUGGAUGUGAUCAAAGCCUUCCCUCAAGAAGAUCUUGCCAAAGAAGUCACAGGCAUUGAACUAGAUUUAAGUGAAGCACCACUUCAGAGAAGUUUGGGGGUCAGCUGGGAUAUUUCCAAAGACUCAUUUACAUUUCAAGUGACUUCUACCCAUAGGCCAUUCACCAAAAGAGGCGUUCUCGCAACUAUUAAUGGUUUAUAUGAUCCGAUUGGAAUUGUGGCGCCAGUUACUAUUCGUGGCAAACUUAUCAUGCAGGAUGUUAUGUCAUCUGUAACAGAUUGGGACGAACCUAUUCCACAUGCAUUCCAAGCAAAAUGGCACAAUUGGGUGGAAUCCCUUGUUGACUUACAGUCCAUCCUCAUACCUAGAUGUUAUGUCAACUUACCUUCAUCUGAAGUACAACGAAGGGAACUUCAUGUUUUUUCUGAUGCUUCACAGAAGGCGAUCAGUGCCGUAGCUUAUUUGAAGAUAUGUGACGUCAGUGGAGGUCAUCAUGUCAGCUUUGUUCACGGAAAGGCAAGAGUGGCUCCCUCACAGGGCCACACAAUUCCUAGGCUAGAGUUGUGUGCGGCCGUACUUGCCACUAGGCUCAAAGACACCAUAACACAACACUUGACUGUACCCAUUGACUCUAUUACGAUGUAUACAGACAGCAGAGUUGUACUCGGGUAUAUAAACAAUGAACAUAGACGCUUUUAUGUGUAUGUUGGAAACCGUGUAGACAUGAUUCGUCAUUCUACAACAUCAGACCAGUGGACUUUUGUGUCAUCUGAGGACAACCCUGCUGAUAUAAGUACAAGGUCUAUUCCUGCUAAUGAAAUUGAACAAAGUGCAUGGAUUCAAGGACCUUCAAUUUUAAGGAGUGAACAUCCACUAGAACACAGAGAAACUUCAUAUGAGCUGAUAGACCCAGAAGAAGAUAAAGAAGUCAGACCUGUUGUUAUAGUUACGAAGAAAACUUCUGCUAUACAAGAGACAGUUUUAGUUGUUCAUCGAUUUGAAAGAUUUUCCACUUGGCGGAGCCUUGUACGAGCUAUAGCUAGGAUCAAACGUGUAGCCAAAUCAUACAGGAAAUCUUUAGAAGCUCCAGAAACACUCGUGGCUUCUGUCACAACAGACGAACUUACUCAAGCUGAGUUGUUUGUUGUACAGCAAGUUCAACAGGCAUGCUUUCCUAGUGAGGUUAGUGCUCUUAAGGAGGGGAGAGAACUGCACAGGACAAGUUCUAUCAUCUCACUGUCUCCAAUACUGGACUCGUAUGGCAUCAUGAGAGUUGGUGGAAGAUUACGACAAGGGAGGAAAUCUACUUGUUUAGAAGUUCAUCCAGUGAUAAUACCAAAAAAUAGUCACAUUGCUGAUCUAAUUAUUCAUCAUUUUCAUGAGAGUGUCCACCAUCAGGGACGUCAUAUCACUGAGGGGAAGAUUCGGACUGCUGGGUACUGGAUUAUCGGUUGUAAGCGGAAAGUCACAUCACAUAUCCAUUCUUGUGUUAUAUGUAGAAAGCUGAGGGGAAGGUUCGGGACACAAAUUAUGGCAGAUCUUCCUGAGGACAGAAUCACACCGUCUCCACCCUUCUCCUUUGUUGGGGUAGACACAUUCGGUCCUUGGAAUGUGGUAGCAAGACGUACCAGAGGGGGACAGGCUAAUCAAAAAAGAUGGGCAAUACUAUUCACCUGUCUCGUUUGUCGUGCCAUUCACAUUGAAGUGAUAGAGGAGCUAAGCAGUAGUUCCUUCAUUAAUGCACUCAAGCGCUUCAUAUCCAUCCGUGGCCCUGUACAUCAAUUCAGAUCGGAUCGUGGGACUAAUUUUGUUUGGGCGGUGAACGAAAUCGGUUUGGCCUCCAUAUUUGUGGAAGAUGCCCCUAUCCAAAACUUUCUGACUAGGAACCAGGCAGUAUGGAUUUUCAACCCUCCCCAUGCCUCCCAUUUUGGAGGGGCAUGGGAGAGGAUGAUUGGAGUUACAAGAAGAAUUCUAGACAGCAUGUUGUUACGCACGGAUUCAAAAGGAAUCACAAAUGAAGUUCUUACUACAUUUAUGGCCGAGGUCUGCUCAAUUGUUAACUCAAGGCCUUUAGUUGCGGUUUCGACUGAUCCUGAGGAUCCAUCUGUAUUAACCCCUAACAUUUUGCUUACACAGAAAAUGGAUAGCAGUACCCUGCCAAAAGACUUACCAGAGUUGGAUCUUAGAGAAGCUUACCGGUCUCAGUGGAAACAUGUUGUUGUUUUAUCACAAGAAUUCUGGAAGAAAUGGCGAGAGCAGUACCUAUCGAACUUACAGAGUAAACGCAAAUGGUCACAAGCAGAACGUAACUUUAAAGAAGGGGAUAUCGUGUUGUUAAAGGACUAUGAGGUGGCGCGGAAUCAGUGGCCUGUAGCUUUGGUGGAGAAAGUGUUUCCGAGUGAUGAUAACCGUGUGCGUACUGUAGAGAUUCGUGUCGCUAAGGACAGAAGAUGCUUCGUCCGUCCAAUAUGUGAACUUGUUCCAUUGAUACAAGAUUGA